AGCAGCCAUUUUGUCUUUCCGUUGCUGCUGCUGUCCGGGCUUCUCGCUCCCACCCGCCGCCGCUGGCUGCGAAACUCCAGUUCCUCCCCGGGCCCGGCUCCCGCCGGACCAGCCUCCCUGCGCCUGGGCGAGGGGCCGGCGUAGGCACAGGACGCCUCGAUCCUCCGUUCCCCCGGCAGCGCAUGCUCUUCCCUGCCUCGGGAGACGACCCCGCAGCCCCGCGGAACCCCUACGAGCGCCGGCGGUUUACCCCCUCCACGGGCCCCCCGCUUGUGACUGACACGGGCGCGCCCUGUCCCGCGCGGAGACGCUGCCCCGCAGCCACCUCCGCCCUGGGGGCGAGUGCCUGACCCUCCUGCCACCCGCCGAGAGCGCCUUGCCCUUGCCAGGCGGUCAGCGGGAAAACCGGCGCUGAGGCUGACCCUUUCACUCCCCCGUCCCCGUCUCCCCCUGCCCCGCCAUGUCCAGCGAGGAGAGCUACCUGGCCAUACUCCGGUACCUGACCAAUGAACGGGAACCGUACGCGCCGGGUACGGAGGGCAACGCCAAGCGCAAGAUCCGUAAGGCAGCUGCCUGCUACGUGGUGCGCGGCGGGACCUUGUACUACCAGCGGCGGCAGCGGGACCAGCAGCGCUUCGCCGAGUUGGAGGUGGUGCUGCAGGCCGAGCGCCGCGCCCGCCUCAUCCGCGCCGCGCACCUGGCGCCCGACGGCUCCCACCGCACCCGCCUGCAGACCUGGCAGGGGCUCUCGCAGAAGUACUGGUGGCGAGGUAUUCUUAAGCAGGUUAAAGAUUACAUUAAAGAAUGCAGCAAGUGCCAGGAAAGGCUAGAUCGGUCUAGAUCUCUGUCAGAUCCUUCUGAAAUGCUGGAGGAACUAGGACUGGAUGCAAAAUCUCAGGAAGACAGUAAUGAAACAGAUGAUGAAUUGAGUAAUGUGGUGUCAAUUCCAGCUGCAUCCCCAAAACCUGUGAAGAAGAAGCCAAUAGCAAAGCAUGAACUUGUAUUUGUUGACAGUAAGGGCCUUGUGAAGCAGUCAUCUUCCAGACAUUGUCUGUCAGUCUUAAACCAACUGAAUCAGCAGAGGCUUUCCAAUCAGUUCUGUGAUGUGACUCUGCUGAUUGAAGGAGAGGAGUACAAAGCUCACAAAUCUGUGUUGGCAGCCAGCAGCGAGUACUUCCGAGAGCUCUUCAUUGAAAAGGGAGCUGUCACUAGUCAUGAAGCUGUAGUGGAUCUGUCAGGGUUCUGCAAGUCCAGUUUCCUGCCUCUUUUGGAAUUUGCUUAUACUUCAGAACUAACCUUUGACUUCUGUAGUAUGGCAGAAGUCGCCAUGCUUGCCCGGCACCUCUUCAUGUCAGAAGUCCUUGAAAUCUGUGAAAACGUGCACAAACAGAUGGAAGAGAAGCAAAUUACAGUGUACCAAAAGGGAGAUAUUCAAACAGUAGAGUCAGUGCAAAAUUUAGCAGAGCACACUGAAGUUGAGAUGCAGCCUAUGGACGGUGCUGAGCAGCCUGGGCUCGCAGUCAGUGAAGUGCCAGUAGCAGUGAACAGAGCUUCUUCCUCUGCUGGGACAGAGGAGGCAGCAGCAUCGCAGCCUGACCUCCUGCCCCCAGAGCCUGCAAAGGUCACUCUGAAUGAUCUUCCAAAGCCUAUGGAGCAGUGUGAAACAACUGAAAAUUAUGUCAAGAUACAGCUGCUGAAGAGCAUUGCGAAUAGCACUGUGUCUGUUGUAGAGGCAGAGCCAUUGGCUGCGGAAGUCGUGGACACACAGAGUCAAAUGGAAAUUGAGACUGAUCAAAAUGAAAGUGGUAAAGCAAAUGUGGACACGGCUUCUGAAGACUCCUCAGAAACACUCAAGCAGACAUGUGGCAGUCAAAGUAAAGAACAGAGCAUUUCAGAUUUACAACCAGAAAGCCAAGAUGAUACUUACAAAAGCAGGCUACGUCAGCGUUCUGUUAGUGAAGGGGGCUAUAUCAGAUUGCAUAAAGGAAUUGAAAAGAAACUCCAAAAUAGAAAGGCAAACACUAAAUCUGCAAUACAGCAGGUUGCCAUGAAGCUGGUACAAAGAGGGAAAAAAAUGAAGCAGCCCAAAAGAGACACUGUGGAAAACAAUGAAGUAGAAGCUCAGCACAGAUGCUCAGAGUGUGGAAUGGUGUUCCAGCGACGCUAUGCACUUAUAAUGCACACACUGAAACAUGAAAGAUCUAAAGAUUAUAAAUGUCCAUUGUGCAAGAAAGAAUUCCAGUACGGUGCCUCACUGCGAGCACACCUUGUCCGGCACACUCGGAAGACUGAAGUGAACACUGCAGCUUCCAGUGUGGAAGAGACAGGCGCGUCCUCUGUGAAAGGGAGAACUAAACGGGAGUUUAUAUGUGAUAUAUGUGGGAGAACUCUACCUAAGCUCUAUUCUCUCAGAAUACAUAUGCUCAAACAUACAGGUGUAAAACCACAUGCAUGCAAGGUUUGCGGAAAGACCUUUACAUAUAAGCACGGAUUAAAAAUGCACUUGGCUCUCCAUGAAGUACAGAAACAGUUCAAGUGUGACUUGUGUGAAAAGUCUUUCGUCACAAAAAGAAGUCUUCAGGAGCACAUGAGCAUUCAUACAGGUGAAUCCAAGUAUCUUUGCUCCAUCUGUGGAAAAUCUUUCCACAGGGCAUCAGGACUCAGUAAACAUAUAAAGAAGCACCAGCCAAAGCCUGAAGUUCGUGGAUAUCAGUGCACUCAGUGUGAAAAGAGUUUCUAUGAAGCUCGAGAUCUUCGGCAGCAUAUGAACAAACAUUUAGGUGUGAAGCCAUUUCAGUGCCAGUUCUGUGGAAAAUGUUACAGCUGGAAGAAAGACUGGUAUUCUCAUGUCAAAUCUCAUUCUGUCACAGACCCUUAUAGGUGUAGUAUAUGUGGUAAGGAAUUUUAUGAGAAAGCUUUGUACAGAAGACAUGUAAAGAAAGCCACACAUGGUAAAAAAGGAAGAGCAAAACAAAAUCUGGAACGAGUUUGUGAGCAUUGUGGAAGAAAAUUCACGCAGCUCCGGGAAUAUAGGAGACACAUGAAUAAUCAUGAAGGUGUGAAGCCAUUUGAAUGUCUCACCUGUGGAGUAGCCUGGGCAGAUGCGCGUUCGCUGAAGCGCCAUGUGAGGACACAUACUGGGGAGCGACCAUAUGUCUGCCCAGUGUGCAAUGAAGCUUACAUAGAUGCCCGGACGCUACGGAAGCACAUGACCAAGUUUCACAGGGACUACGUACCCUGCAAAAUCAUGCUGGAAAAAGAUACUCUUCAGUUUCAUAACCAGGGGACACAGGUGGAGCACGCCAUCAGCAUUUUGGCAGCAGACAUGCAGGAACGAGAAACUGAGAUCAGUGUUGGUGGUAGUGAGAUUGAGACUGUGGUAGUGACAGGAGAGACACUUGAAGCCAUUGAAGCAGUUGCAGCUACUGAGGAAUGUACAUCAGUCUCUACUCUUUCUGACCAAAGCAUCAUGCAGGUGGUAAAUUAUGUACUAGCACAACAGCAAGGACAGAAAAUUGCUGAAGCAAUGCAGGGCAUCGAAACUGUAGAAGUAGAAGUGGCCCAUGUUACAAAGACAGACUGAAUAUAGUGUUCAGGAGAGCAACAAGGGUGAGAUCUUAUGAUCUGUGAGAGCCAAGUAUUUAGCUGGUUAUCCGAGGCUUACCAUGAGGCUUGUUUUCAAACGGUUAAUCCCCAGUGCUGAACGUCUUGGUGGUGAAAUACUGCACCAUAUACUACAGGGAAAAUGUUAAGAUGCUUCAGUUUGAGCCAAGGCUCUGAAGGGUAGGAUUUCUGCACUGGCUGUAAGUAUGAAAAUAAAAAUAACGUUUUCUGUGUCAUGGAGUACUUAUCAUGCUGAAACUUUUAAAAAAUGAAAAAACAUUAAAAGAGCCUGCGCUAAAUAUUAGAAAUACACAGUUACUGGUGGCUUUUUUCUACUUCUGUUUUUACGUGCAUUUCAUCAAGCUUGUGAGCAUACUGCCUGUAUUGGAGGCUGUCUGUUUACUCCCCAAGACACGGGGAUGGCAGAAUGCUUCAUAUAGUGUGAGCUUCAUGCAACAUACAGAAAAUCCAAGGCUUUCCUUUGGGUAGAUGCACCAGUGGCAGUGUGAAUCCCAGUUUUAAAGAACUUAUUUAAAUUCCAGGUUGUGGGUGGCAGGUCCAAGGUUCAGUAUGAUGUUUUGCAUAUAAUGGGCAGGGGUCUGUUGAAGCCUGAGGAAGUGGUUUUCUGGGACAGACUCUGAGUUUCCAUUGACCAGAGGACAGCCCGCUGCAGCGACACUGCUUAGAGAAGUGAACUGCUUUUUAUUUGUGAGGGAGGUGCUUACACUUCAGCCUCUGUACAUAACCAUGUUCAGUUUAAUGACACCUGGUUGCAUAAACAAAAUCAUCACCUGCAUUGUUGUAGGUAUCCAGAGGAUACAAUCUAAUGAUGGAUGUUUCUUAUUUUGCAUUAUAUUUAACAUAGAGACUCUCAAAAAGGUCUAAUGGUUCCUACCUGGACUUCUUUGGUAUAUUUAUAUUCACAUCUUGUAUUGAAAGGAGGAGCCCUGCUAAUUCCCAAAUGGAACAUGUAGCAAUAUCAGGAUAGAGAACUAUGAAAAUGCUAAUAUGGAAUAAAAAUCAAAUUUGUCUCAAAAUUACCAGUGUCCAGAAGAUCUUAUUGCUGCUUGGGUGUUUAAGCAAGCAGCAUAUGUCAGGGUAACUGAAGGUGCUACGCACAUGAACAAACAAGUGUAUUUUUUAACUUGUUCUCAGUCUAUAGUAUUAUCAGAUGUUAUGCAACUCUGACAGCAGCAAGGUACCCAAGGAGCCAGAAGCCUGUGAUACUGGAAGAUGAACAUGCAUAUAACUGUUCUACCCAUGAAAUGGAUCCACUACCAAAAGUAAAGCAAACCCUAUGAGGAAGCAACCACCUCAUUUGAAUUAGUAUUUCUAUCUUUCAUCUUACGUAACUAUUUCAGUACCUGUCUACUAAGUUAUGGAAUGGAGUGUACUUUUUAUACUUUGCAAGCAUGUAGAUAAGCAGUUGUUGAAAACUUUUUAAGCAAUAUGCAGCUGGAGUUCCUAUCUGGAAUCCAAAUUAAUCUGUAGAUGACCAUUUCAAAGGUCGCGGUCUUCCUGCAGAGUAAUUAUUUAUGCAUCCUGCAGCCCUUGACAAUUGUGUUCUUUUCUGAUUACCCAAUGGAGCAAAAUGAAAUUAUUACUUUAAUAAUAAAAUACAAAUACUGCUAUCUCUGACUCUUGAAUUUUUGCAUGCACAAGAAUCUGGAGACAGCCACCCUGCUUAAACUACUGCCAUUAUCAUGAAAACAUUUAAAAGAGCAGUAGGUAAAUUUCAAAGUUUACUUCAGUGUUUGUAUCUUACAAAUAAUUAUGUAUUACUGAAGUGAGGAAAUGUUCAAGGAAAAAUAGCUGUAAAUAGUGCUGGAAUGUUAUCUAUCUGUGUAUUUACUGUGUUCCUUAAAGAAAGGAAUAUUACUGGCACCUUAAUGGAAUCUUUGGUGCAUUUAUCUAUUUGCCCAACCUGUGGAAGAAGCUGAAGGGAGUCUGAAUUUCAUAACCUUGUUCACGUACUGUAAAAAAGCUUUUUUAACUGAUGUGAUGGCCUGCCAUUUGACAACUAUAAUAACAAUAACUAACCAAACAAAUCACAACUAAUCUUGUUUCCUAAGCAAGACUCAGCCAGGAAUAUCAAAGCAGACUUGUGGCACCCCUUUCCUAGCACAGUGUGCCUUACCCUUUCAGAACAGCAUGAGGUAAGUAGGGAGUGUCACUCUUCUCUUUGCUGUUCCUGUCUGUCUGAAGUUGCCUUAUGUUUUCCUUUGAACUUCAGCUCAUAAAUUAAGAUGUUCACUACUCUUCUGCAAUCUCUCUGAAGUCAGGCUGCAAAUAUGCAAUUAAUAUUAUUUAAUUUUAUUUUU